GCUGCGAAGCAGGGAUGGGAAGCAUGCGUCUCUUGUGGCAUCCUGUGGAGCGAGCUCGGCAAGUUACACCAUCAGCAUCAGCAGCGCUCCGUCACCUUCGCAGACGUGGUGGCAGGCAAAGGCAGCGCGGGCACGCCCCGCUCCAUCCUCAAAGCAGGGCCGCAGCCAGCGCCAGGAGGAGUCACCCACGCGGCCUCAGUUCUGCUGCCGCAGUUCGCCAAGGCCAAAGAGUCCAACAACCAGGCCAAGCAGCAGGCGUUGCUGGCAAUCUGCCCAGAGCUGGAGGAGAUGUGGAAGACACCACCCAUCAAGCUGGCCGAAGAGCAGCUCGCCAACGCAGCGCAGAGGCUCCGACAGCUCCAGACGCAGCAGGGCCGAAUCAAAGCUAAGGUCGACCAGUUGGUCGGCGAGACCACUGUGGGAGCAGCUACAGCAGCCCAGCAGGAGAAGCAGGAGGGCUCCAACGAUGACACCGAUUUCCCAGAGCUGGGCAAGCAGGAUCUGGAGUCGCUGGGACCUGAUGGCAAGCGCGAAUAUGAAGAAGCCAGCAAGGCGGCCGCAGCCGCAGCAGCCACGCUCAAGCAAGCGGCAGCUGCUGGACAGAAUGCUGAAGAUGCCGAGGAACGUCUCCGCAAGCUCCACACCGCCGUCAGCAACAAGUGGAAGAAAAGCACCGAUGGGACAGUCCGACCAGCAGGAGAGCAACCAGCGGCGGCUCCAGCGGAGAAGCCCUCAGCCAGCGCAGGUAACACAGAGUUCACAGACCCCGAGGCUGUCAACAAGCACAUCGAGGCCACAACCCAGUUCAAGGUCAAAGUCAAGGUGCUGAUGCCGAUCGGCCCAGUGGGUAACCACGGCACAGGCGCCUCCAAACCCAAGAGCGCGGUCGCGUCUGUGGACCGCACGCUUCACGUGCCGUUUGCGAACGUCACGCACUUCGGGGAGAAAGUGAGAAACUACGUACAGCACACCAGUCUUGAUGUCGUCGGCAUCGCCGAGCGCCACUUGCUCGCGGGAGCCGCCAAGAACGAGGCCAUGAAGUUGCAGCGCCAGGGGAGCGCGUUCCAGAAGAGUUCGAAGGACAUCUCAGUCAUGAUGUGGAGGCUCCAGGGGGCGACAGUGGCGCCCAUCUGCGUCUACCUCGACUCGGGGAACAGGUUCGAGAAUAAGAACGCCAACAAGAUGUUCCAGUUGACGCGUGCGAUGGCAGUGCUCUGGGUAGAACUCGGCGACUGGAACAACACGCCCGAACAACUUGCCAAAACAAAGUGGCUGAAGGCGAUGGGCGGCGAGCUGCGUAUCCCCACGGACUGCGUCUUAACAUGCACGUCAGGGAAGGGCAGGCUCAUUAACUACCCCGUGCUCAGCAUCAGAGCGGCGCGGCUGCCCAUGAAGAUCGAGGCCCUGACACGCAAGAUCCGCAUCCAGAAAGGACCCAGAAGGGCGCAACGAGACAGGGAGCGCCACGCCAACCUCCACCAAGAUGAUGACGGAAUCGGCCUCGAUCCCAACGCCAACAGCGAGUUCGACAUUCACCGCCACCUCUUGGACACUGAAUACGAGAAGGAGGUCAAGGCAGCAGCGACGGACGACAUGUGGUGCCAAGCGCUACAUCACCACCACAACGAGCCAGUGGAGUCGGCCACCAAAGAAGUGCAGGCAGCAUGGAAUUACCGACGUGAUCCGGAGAGCGCCAAAGUACUGGGCCAACACUUCGGACAAUGGACCAGGGCGGCGGAGCUAUCCUUGGGCCUACUCCAGGGCACCGACCAAAAAUCUGCACAACAACCAGGAAGAGUACCGCAUUUCGAGAGGGAGAAAGCAGCACAUCAAAGAGGGUCCGAGCCGUUCGAGAAUGCAGCCAAGCGCAAGGAUGCCAACUGCUGGGAGGCCAUGGCAGCGCGAGUACGUGAAUGGGCAGUACUCCACCGGUGCCACUCCAUCAACAACACCAUGCAUACGGUCAUCAGCGCGAUCGGCAGGCUAGACAAGCAGCUCGCCAACUUGAGGACGAAGCUCGACAGCAGAUACGACCCGAGGGACUUCCACAAGGAUGGUCAAGUUCUACGGCGCAUUGGGACACACCUGGGUUUCCCACCAGAACAACAACAGCUGACCUCGACGGCCACCAACAGGUCUACGACGGCGCCAUCCACCACCGAGUACGACGGCAUCCUACGCUUGGUCACGCGGACGCUCAGCUACCAGUGCCACCCGACCACUGACGUGAG